AUGGCGACGGAAGGUGACGACAUCAAAUCACAUUUGUUUAAACUAUUCUCUACCGACCAAGAUCUAAUAUCUAAGAUUGCUGAAGCGCUUUCCAGCAUAUUUGUGGACCUUGUUAUUAAAUCCGAGGAAUUUAUAAAUGUUGUGACGGAAAAACUCGUCAAAGACGAAAAUAUAAUCGAAUCCGUUGUAAAUAAAAAUCGGUGAGUCAGCCAAGCAAGAAGUCUAUGAAAGUCUAUCUUAUGACCAGAAAUGCCUACAGGAUAAGUACUCCGAACUUAACGCGAAACUUGAAAAAUUGGUGGCCGAUCUUGAAAAUAAUCAGCUCAAACAGAUUGAUGAAUUAGACAGCAUCAACCAAUAUGGCCGCCGAAAUUGCAUACUUAUACAUGGCGCUGCUGAAGUUAAGGGGGAAGAUACCGAUAAUAUCGCUGUGAACCUGUUCAACACAAAGCUUAACAUACCAAUCAACAAAUCUGAUCUGGACAGAUCGCAUAGAUUAAACACCAAAAAACGGAAUCAAAGUCGGCCUCAACCCAUCAUUGUAAAAUUUAGCUCCUACAAUAAGAGAGCUGAAGUAUUUAAAGUCAAAAGGCGACUAAAGGGAUGUGGAGUAAGCCUAUCUGAAAGCCUAACUGCCCAAAGGCAACAACUACUGGAUAUAAUUCAAUAA